AUGCCGAGGCCGAGCCCGUCGCCGCCGCUGCUGCUGCUCCCGAGGCCGCUUCAGCGCCACACAUCGCCGGGACACCGGCGCCGGGCAGCCCCGCCCGCCGCCCGCCCGCCGGCGCUGUGCCCCGCCCGAGCUCUGGACAGCCCCGCCCGCCGCUCGGCUCCGAGCCGCAGCAGCUCCGCGCGCCCCUCGCCGCCGCCCGCCGGGAUUCCCGAGCGCCCCCAAAUCGCGCGGGUAAUUUGCAGGCGCCCGCUAGGGUCUCCCCGGCGCGCCAUGGCCGAAACAGGCCCCGGGGCCCUCGGCCGCGCGGGCGCCGCGCUGAUGACGCAUUGGGCCGGACCCGACCGGGCGGGCCAGAGCAGCUGGACCGGACUCAAGUGGCCCCCUGGGUGUUCGCAGCCCUCUUUCCUCCCCGUUGGAGUCGACUCGGAGUGGUCGACUGCCGGUAGAGGUGAGGACACUAAGGCCCCGAACGGCUUCCGCGGCAUCUGUCCCUCCGAGGUGAGUACACGUAAGUCCUUUGUCCCCGUUUACAGUUUAGGUAACAGGCCCAGAGCGCCGAGUUCGCGGACAGCUGAGAAGUGGUCCCGGUUUGUGCUCCUUAUUAAACCAGCAGCCUGUGAAAGGAGCUUGCAGGAACUUUUGGCUGAUCCCGCUUGAUGAUUCUUCACUCAUUCACUUAUUUACUGAGCACCACCAUGUGCCAGGCUUAUUGGACCCUGGGGAAACACUAAGAACGAGACACGGUACCUGCUCCUUUUCAGGAAAGGAAAGCAGAAAAUAAACCGGAAAAAAACACAGAAUUUGUAGACGCCAAGACGAAAGUGAACAGAGUGCUGAGAUAAAAGAAUAACUGGAUGUGAGGAUUUUUUUUCGUAUUAGAUGGUCAGGGAAGGUCCUCCAGGAGGUAACAGUGACGCCGAGACCUGAGAAUUAGAAGGCGCUGCCUAUUGGAACUCUAAGAGAUGUCUGGGCAUAUGCAACAGCAAGCGCAGAAGUUUUAAGGUGGAAAUAAGCUAAAUGUCUUCAGGGAGCACCAAGAAGGUCGUUAUAGCUGGAGCAUAGUGCACAGCAGAGAGUGACAAAGGAUGAGGUUGGAGAGGUGGCCACGGGCAGUAUCAUACACACCCUUAGGGGUCGGGGUAAGGACUUCGGAUUUUAUUCUAAGCCACUGAAAGACUUUAGGGUAGAGUGGUGUGAUCCUGUUUAUGUUUUAAAAGAUCAGUCUGCAGUACAGAGAAUGAAAUACGGGCAAGCAAGAGUGGAGGCAAGGAGAGCUAUUAAGAGGCUGUUAGAAUAAUCCAGAUGAGAGACUAUGAUGAUACCUGAACUAAGGAGGCGGCAGUAAAGGUGGAGUAGAUGGAGUUAUAUUUUGGUGGAGUUGAAGGACUUCCCAAAGGAUUCACUGUGGAAAGUGGGAAUAAGAAAUAAAUCAAGAAUAACUUCUAGGUGUAUGGCUUAAGCAGCUGCAUGGAUGAAGAUGCCUUUUGGUCAAUGAAGGACUUGAUGAGGGUGAGGGUAGGGAAUCCAAAGUUUUUUUUCUCUGUACAUUAACUUCAGUUUCCUGUGCAGUAUACCAGAAGAGAAGGCAAAUACAUAGUUGGAUAUUGUGGUGCAGGCAUAAUUAUCCUCUCUGUUGGCCAUACGCCUAUAGUACGUUCUUCACCCCCUUAAAAUAGGUGAAUGGCCGUGAAUGGCCAUGUGCUCUCCAUAAUGGAAAGUUAGCAGAGGAGAUAGGCAGAGUUUCCAGGUUUAGCCCAGAAAAUCCGUCAGCAAAUGCUCCCUGUGCUCUUACUUAUUCUGUUGGCUGGAAGAUGAUAACCAAGUUCUGGAGACGGCAAGGCCUCACGAUGGGAGGUUCCUGAGUGGAGGAGAAGUCUACGCCAUCAACCUAAACAUCCACCCAGGACUGUUACACGAGAAAGGAAAUAAACCUCUGUUUUGAGCUUUUAUGGAUUCGAGUCUUCUUUUUAUAGCAUCUUUGCCUGUGCUGCCUGAUACCAGUAAGAACAGUGAUCUAGC